CUGUUUGGUGUCAAUCUAAUGGAACAAAAUCAGAACAAGAACAAAGGAGUUGCUGCAGAUUGCAAUACUAGUAGCGAUGACGUUGAGAGAUAUUUCAACUCGUUGCCUAUUGGGUAUCGGUUUGCUCCUAGUGAUGAUGAGCUGAUUCGUUAUUAUGUACUGAGAAAGAUCAGCAAUGAACCCUUGCCUCCUAAUAGGAUUCAUGUGGUUGAUUUAUAUAACUAUAGCCCUCAACAGCUUGCAGAAACCUAUAAACUGAAUAGAGAAAGAGAAAGCCAGUGGUAUUUUUUCACGAGUAGGGAGAAAAAGUACCCGAAUGGAUCUAGGCCGAAACGAAACGCAGGGGAAUUAGGAUAUUGGAAGGCUACAGGAACUGAUAAAGCAAUCCUAGACGGAAAAAAACCUCUGGGAUUUAGAAAGUCUUUGGACUAUUAUGAGGGGAGGCAGCGUGAUGGAACCAAAACCAACUGGAAGAUGCAUGAAUAUCUUCUUCAUCGAAGCCUUGUUCCUUCAGGCGCUACGGCCAGAGGCAUGCAAUAACCCACUGCAGCCUAAGCAGGUAUUCAUCAUUUUUUUUCCUAUAAAAAAUUUAUUAUUUAGUUAAUUUCAUUAGUUUGUCCAUCAUUUAACCUUUUAUUAUUUGUUAUCAGAAAACUCAUUAUUAGUAAAAAAAAUUUAUUAUUUAGUA